GAACCUAGAACCAGGAAGUUAGUUUGUACCGCGAAAUACCAACAGUUUUCUCCUCGUAAAAGUGAUCCUAUGACUUAUUUCUCCAACUGUACGUCAACAUACGUGUCUUCGUGCCUUCUGUUUUAAGUACUCGGCGUUAAAUCUAGUUUAAUUAGUUUUGAAUAAUGCAGAAAAGUAAAGCGUGUGCAAGUGUAGAAGUGAAACAGGUGAUUGUGGCGCUGUGUAAUCUGCUGUCCGCGGCUGCACUCGGCUCUGUUCCCGCUCCUGAAACCUUCAGAAGAGCCAAGUUUGGCGGUGGACCCGAUGUGGAAGAGCACCUUUGGGAGCUUUUGUCCAAUAUCCUUGAGAAAACAGAUCCUGUUUCACUCGCAGUCAGCCAAAGAUACCAAAAGACAGAGCGAUGGAAGCUGGUGGCUGCAGGACUGUGGCAGACUGGGUACUAUGCAGACUGGAUGUACCGAGAGCCCAGAGGAGCAGAGCGAGGUGCGUGUGCGUGCUCCAGUAGAGACCUCCUUCUUGCUCUGGGAUGGCUGAUGGCCAAAGGAGCCCUGGAGAAAAUUUUGUCACAGAGAGUGGAAGAACUGGACAAAACGCUGCUCACAUCCACACCAGUGAACUUGGAGAGCUCUGUAGAUUCCAGUGAUCUCCAGUUAGACUCAAACUCUCUGCGGAGGCUUCAGUGGAGUCUGGGUUCACUCAGACACAAGGGCCGGAUACUUCUGUCCAUGCAGGAGGAGCGUGCACGUCUUCUUCAUAAGGUUUUGAAUAUGGACCUACCCUCACAUGUAAACACUGUGUCCUCUGAUGAAGGGUCUGCACUAAUAACAAAGGAUUGUGCCUGUCUGCAGGAGCUGUGUGAUCUGCUGGAGGCAUAUUUAAAGUGGAAACAGGUGGAGAGUAUUUUCUGGAUUUGGAUGGACAGCGUGAUGGACUGUCAUCAGGCAGAUCUUGAUGCCAGAAAAUGCAUCCAAGCACCUAAGCAGAAUGCAGUUUGUCUCCAUGGAAACCGAGGCUUGGAAAAACUAGAGGGGAUCCUUCAGAGACUCCCUCAACCGCAGGCAGGACCAAGCAGAGUGGAUACUAAGCACCAUGUGAUUGAUGGAGCAGAGGGUGGAGUCGACCCGUCUCUCCUUCUCCACCCUGAGCCCUCACUACUCCCCGUUUACAGACCCAAACUCCUUAAACCUGGGACUAAACUUGAUCCUAAACCUAGUCCUGUUUCCCUUCUGGAGGUGUGUGCUGCAGAGGCCAUAGAGCUCCUGGCACAGAGAGAGGUGGAGCUGGUGAUGGAGAGAGACAGACGGAGGCGAGAGAGCAGGGAAAAGCUGGAGGAGAUGUUGGAGGGGCUGGAGGGAUUGGUGCUAAUCCCACUUUAAAGAACACAUAUUACACCUGUCAAGUCAAACAGCUAUAAACUAUAUUCAAGUGUAUUUAAAUGGCAUAUUUAAAACAACUUCAGCUGACCAAAUUGCUUCACAUAAAAGUCAACAAAUAAAACAUACAAAAUAAUGAGAAGUAAGAACAGAACAGAAAAGAACAGUGGGUGGGGAUAGGGGCUAGCUGAAAUGCCCUUGAAUCAAUCGAAAUAUGGACAAGGUGAUAUUAUAAUGUAUUAUUAAUAUAAUAAAGGGUCCCCUAUGUCACUUAU